AUGGCACAACCAUCGUCGGCAUCCUCCUCUUCUGCGAAACUGUCUGAAACAAUUGCAACACUUAAAAACGAAAAUUCUCGAACAACAUCAAAACGAAUAAUUUCUGAUUUGGAGAAAAUUGAACCUAGAUAUUUCCGAACUCGAUCGGGAAGUUUUGAUAUCUCAAGUUUUCGACAACAUUUAAAAUCGGAUUUUAAACAUUUCCAACAGAAUGAUCUGUCAUCACGAGAAUUUUGUAUUUAUGGCACUAUUUUGGCAGUAAUACCAUUUGUUAUUUUGAUUUUCUUCUUAUUAUCUUAUUUUUGUUACUUGUCACCACAGUUGUGUCCUAUUGUUCACUCAAGUUUCACAUCACAUGCACGAGAGAAUGCUCCAACAAUUGUUGAACAUUUAUUGUGGAUGAUUUCUUGGUGGUUUUAUGAGGAUGCAUACUUUAAAUUUUUAAUACCGAUGGCCGUUCCUGUUGUCGUGUUAUUCAUUUACUUUAAUUGGAGGUCAUUCCAAGAAUUUAAAUACAAUUAG